AUGGAAUCAAUUAAACACGAUUCUCAAGAACAAACAAUCCAAUUACUACAGCUUCAAACUACGACAUCUCCACUCGAGUUAAUUGCAAAUUGGGAACAAAUUCGAAUUCUCAACAUCGCACCUUCAAAUACCACGACUAAUAACCCUAUUCCAGUCAAUAAAUCGUCAAAAAUUUAUAAUAACUGUAGUCUCAUAACAUGUUCUCAAAGAGAUUCCUUAUGUUUUACUAAAUUCUUUGAAGAACUUCGAGAAAAAGAGAAACAUAUUAUUAAAAACACAAGUAAUUCUUCAACUAAACGGCAUGCUACAUUAUUUUCAUCGCCGCAAUUUAUUCUGAGUAUUUUUGAGAAUGAAGAAUAUAAAUUUCCAUUAAAUUAUACAAAUAUUUAG